UCAACUUAGUAGGAUCCACUUCACCGGUGUCAUCAUGGAGUUUGCUACAGGGGCGAUGAGUGCCCUCCUCCCCAAGCUGGGCGAGCUGCUCCGAGAGGAGUUUCUCCUGAAGAAGAGUGUGAAGCAGGGGAUCAAGGACCUCAAGGCCGAGCUUGAAUGCAUGCAAACUGCCCUCGUCAAGGUGUCUGAUGUCCCGUUGGACCAGCUUGAUCCGCUGGUCAAGCUUUGGGCCAACGAGGUUAGAGAGCUAUCUUAUGUCAUCGAGGACAGCCUCGACUCUUUCAUGGUGCACUUCCAGGGGCGUGAGCCAGCCAAGCCCCACACCAUCUUUGUGGCCUUCAUCAACAAUAUGCGCAACAAGAUCACCGAUUUCAAGAUCCGCCACAAAAUAGCCAAUGACAUCCAAGACAUUGGGAGCCGCGUCAGGAAGGUGAAGGAGAGGUAUGAUCGGUACAAGCUCCAUGAUGUUGCUGCUAAUGUCGCCAGAACCAGAGUCGACCCUCGUCUAUCAGCAAUGUAUAACAAGGUGUCUGAUCUUGUUGGCAUUGACAAGCCAAUUGACGACAUAAUGAAGAGCUUGUCCGAGAACAGUCAUAUGCCCGAGAGAUCAAAGCUCAAGACCUUUUCCAUUGUUGGAUUUGGAGGGUUGGGCAAGACAACUCUUGUCAAAGCGGUAUAUGACAAGCUUAACAAGAAAUUCGACUGUGGUGUUUUCGUCCUAGUGGGUCAGAAUCCUGACAUGAAAAAAGUUCUUGGAGACAUCAUUCAUGAACUUGGCGUACAAAUGUGUACUAUUUCAUCAAUGAUGGAUGUACGACAGCUCAUCAACCACCUGCGAAAACUCCUUACUAAUAAGAGGUACUUGAUUGUUAUCGAUGAUAUAUGGGAUGUACAAUCAUGGGAAAUAAUUAAAUAUGCUUUUCCGGACAAUAAUCAUGGGAGUAGAGUAAUGACAACUACCCGUAUUUGUGAAGUUGCCAAAAAAGUUGGAGGUAUUUACAACAUGAAACCGCUCAGUGAUGAUAACUCCAAAAAAUUGUUCUCUUCCAGAAUAUUUGGUGAGGAAGGUACCAAUCUUGACAACCAAUCUGUUCAAGUGUGUAAUAAAAUUUUAAGAAAAUGUGGCGGUGUGCCAUUAUCCAUUAUUACAAUAGCUAGCUUGCUUGCUGGUAAAGAAAAGGAGGAUUGGUCUAAGGUGUAUGACUCUAUUGGUUUUGGGCUUGAAGAACAAGAAGUUGUUCAGAACACAAGAAAGAUAUUGUCUUUUAGCUAUUAUGAUCUUCCCUAUUACCUGAAGACUUGUUUGUUGUACCUAAGUGUCUUCCCUGAAGAUAACUGGAUCAACAAAAAUACAUUGAUAUGGCGGUGGGUUGCAGAAGGAUUUGUUAGCAAUAAACAUGGGAUAGGGUCAUUUGAGGAGGGAGAGAGCUAUUUGAACGAUCUCAUAAACAGGAGUAUGAUCAUGUGGAUAGAGCCAAGCCAUAGAGUCAAUGUAGGCCGCUGUCGUGUCCAUGACAUGGUGCUUGAUCUCAUCCGUAGCUUAUCGAGUAAAGAAAAUUUUGUCACAAUACAUGAUUUGGAGCAUCACAAGAAAUGUUUGACAAGCAACAAUGCUCGAAGAUUAGCUCUCCAUAAAAUAAUUAUCAGCAACACCCCCAGUAUUGAAGUGGAACAUAUACGGUCGUUUAAUGCUAGCAUGUGUCGUGGUAGUAGGAUGCCCUCACUUUUGAGGUUUAAAGUACUACGUGUACUUGUUCUAGAGGAAUGUGAUUUUCUGGAUGGAGGUUGUCACCUUGAGCAUGUCGGCAAGCUGGUUCACCUGAGGUACCUUGGUUUGUUUGGCACACCUAUCGAUGAGAUCCCAAGAGAAAUAGGAGAGCUUAUGUACUUACAGUCGCUAGAUGUGCGGGAAAGUGGUAUAGAAGAGUUGUCCCCGUCUAUCGGUGAGUUAACGAAGUUGAUGUGCCUGCGUGCUUCUAAGGGUACAAGAAUGAUGGCAGAUGUACGGAAGCUAACAGCUCUACAAGAGCUGCGGCUAUUCUCGGUGGAUAAGAUUCCAAACUUCUUCAAAGAUUUGGGGAAGCUAACAGAGUUGAGGGUGCUCGAGAUCCAUUUUGACAAAAUGGAUGAGAGAUCUCACAGGGCUCUUGUGAAGUCUUUAUGCAGCCUCCGCAGGAUCAAAACUCUGGAGAUAUAUUGUGACUCAGUGGAUAUACAGGGUGGCGACUGGGAGGAUUGGAUGCCAGCACCUUAUGAGCUUCGUGAGCUGACACUAUCUGGCAUGGUUUUACCAAGACGGCUGCCUUGGAUGGCUUCCUCGUGUGUUCCCCACCUAUCAUACCUGUUUUUCACAGCUCAGGUGGUGGAACAACAGGAUCUCCAGAUCCUUGGGAGUAUGCCAUCGCUUCGCUGCCUUAACAUCUCAAGUGUUGACAACUGCGCUCCUUACACUAUUCUAGAAAGCGAUGAGUUCCAAAACUUGAGAUAUUUGAGAACCAACAUAGAGAUCAAGUGUGGGGUAGGAGCGUUGCCUAUGCUUCAUAAAUUGGUAUGUGGUACCAGCAUUGGAAUUGAAGAUGUUGGCUUGGCAUCGCGGAGCAUGCCUUUGCUUGAGAAAGUCACCUAUUUGCUAAAUUGUAAGAAUUAUCAUGGUGAUGAGGUGAAGGAAACGGAGGCAAAACUGAGGCAUGCCGCCAGGAUCCACCCCAACAGUCCCGCCCUUGAAAUACGAAGGCACAAAUACAAGAACAACCAGCAAGAGCUACCGAGGUUAAUUAUUCAAUCACUCAAGCGUGUACUACGUGAUGGUGGAGAGGUUUCGACCACCGACGAAGAGGUCGGUCUCAGGGUCAAUACUGAGAACAUCUUGGAGGAGGCAAGAAACAUGCAGUGGGCAAAAGUGGAGAAGGUGUACCAGAACCAGAAGGUCCCGGAUAGAGAACAACGAACUCACAUCUGGCAUAUAAUUAGUGAGACAUUAUAUACUGAUUUAUUAGCGGAUUGGCCGGUCUUCUCUUGCAAUCCUGUCACUGGCGGGACGCUAAAGAUCCCGGCUCCGCCCAACAUCCACUACCCCAUCAAGUACGCCCUGGGGUUCAUUCCAUCCUCCCACCUAUACAAGAUCUUCUCCCUCUCUUACCAGUGGGGCGUAGAGUGGCCACAAAGCUACUUGGGCGUAAGGGGUGGUAACAGGUCGCGACCGCAUCUGCAUGCGUUCCUGAACCACGUUGUGUCAGACUUCUUUAGGCCGUUGACAGUGCUCAACAUUGACAAGAUAUAG